AGCGGUGUGUUUGAUUUGUUUACAAAAGAUACUCAGUUCACAUCGGAUGAUGCUGACCCUCAAAUCUUUGAUCUUUUCUUGCCCCAAAUACAGUGCGCCAUACAAGAUUGCCUCACGAAGAAUGGCUACAAAGAGGAAAAAUGCCAGGGUGUAAUUGAUGCUCUAUACGACUGUUGCAAAGCCUUUUACGAAAAGAAUGGUGACGAUGCCUCGACAGUCAGCUGUCCCAAGCCGGACCUGCUACGGCUGAAAUUAAAGCAAAGGCAGGAAGCAGCAGGCAAGAAGAGCUGA